AUGGCGAACGAUCAGAAUCCCCACGGCAAGAAGCGCCCCGCGGAAUGUGAUCCGGAUGGCGAGCAACCACUAACAAAGAAAUUUGGAUUUCUCCAGAUCGGUAGGUGGUUGAGAAAUGAAAGAGUUGUGGCGGAUGAACGAGACUGGGAGGGUUUGAAGUUGACACAUUCCAUUCCAGGUAAUGAAGCUCCCCUUUCCGCUUCGGUCAAAUACGAUGAUGCCAUUUCAUCUUCGAUCCCAUUUUCACAGCCUCAGUCUGAUAUCAUGCUAUUGGAUGAUACUGAACAUACAACUUAUAUUUAUGAUCUGGAUAAGGAAUUGGCAGAGCCCGAGUCUCCCCGUGAUCAGCUAGUUAUACUGCCACUUGCAGCCAGAAUUAUAUCUGCACCAGUUCGUGAAUCUGUGCUUUCCAAUCCAGUACAAGGCAAGGAACUGGUUCUCUACUCAGAACCAGCAUCUCUGACUGUCCCUAAGGAGCAUGAUAGCGUGCGGAGAGCGAUCAUUGAAUCCAGGGCAAGAGCAAGGGCUGAAAGAAAGCAGGCCGAUCUCUCUGACAACAUUUCACUUGAAACUCCUCCCACCCUGAGUACUGAAAUGGCAUACGUUGACGAUCCAAUGGACAUUGAAUAA